GCUAGCAGUCGCCACCGGUACACUCGUGCCAGCGCUCGCAGCCAGAUAACUGAUUAAAGAAAAGCUGUUAAACAACUACGUUAUGACUGUACCGUAAAGUGACAACCCAACGAUGAGCAGCUCGCCGGCCAGGGGUGCCGCGCUCCAUUGUUUUGCAAAACGGAAAGCGAAGGACGCGCCGCGCAUCGCAAUUAGGGAAGAGAGUUUCGGUGGCAUGUGAAUACAAAGUCCUCCUCGGUGCAGCGGACGUUGAACAAAUUAGACGCAGCAGGAUCGAAGGACGAGCGUGACGUCAGCCAAUUGCGGAUUUUGUUUAGGACGAACAGUGUUUGUUAUUCGUGCACGCGACGGAAAGUAAGCGAAAUUUUGGCAGCGGAAGCCGCGAGCGCAGUUACGUGCGGUCGGUCGAUACAUUUAGCGAUGCUCGCUCGCCAAGGACAUAGUAGUUCAGUGUGAGUGUUGUUAUCAAGGACAUAUUAGGCACUUGGUGUGGUGAAUGAAUAUUUUUGAUCCUGCAUUGUGAUAUUGAGAUUGGCGAUGGAUCCAACAGUACCCCGAGUGCUGCUCAGCAUAGCCCUAGCCGCGCUACUGCCUAUGGCAUCCCCGAACGUCCAGGACAUCCCCAAAGAAGACAUACCCCACUCCCGGCAGAAGAGGAUACUGUGGAUCACCAACGAUGGCCGCCUGGCCCUACCCCCGGGGACCACCAUGGCCAUAACACCGUCCAUAUCAAUGCCUUUUGUGAGGCACCCGCCCAAAGGAUUCCUGUCAAAUAUGACAGUUAGUUUUCCUUUUACAAUCGACUUCGACAAAUUAGGUCUGACAGACAACGAGAAUCCUUACGGCGCUUUCCCGCCAAUCCUGGCCCGGUCUAUGGGCAGGGCAGCGUUGUCUAUGGCCACAGACUAUGUGGGUCAGUACCUGGAGAGACGGAGAGGGAAGCGCUCCGAGGGUUCCACGAUCAACCCCGACGUGGAGAGAGCUGUGCUUGACAAACUUCAUGGGGGCGAAAGAGCCCUUUUGUACGGCAUUGCUGAGGAUCUCCUGGCAAACUUCGGCUUAUCAGGCAAGGAGUGCCUGUUGCGGGCUAUCUGUGAGAUACAGGCCCAUCCUCUUAAGAAUUUCGGUUUCGUUGGAGAAAUUAUGAAGUUAUUCUUUACUCCAAGCAAAUCCCCAUACGCAAAUCUUCUAGAAGAGUAUGUGGAGGCAGAACGAGCUGGCAGUCAGGCUGGGGGCGAGUGCUGGCCAUAUUUCCGACUUUGCCCUAAGAGUAUCUUCCAAUCAUCGCCCAACAAAUACUCAAAAGACGCAGAAGACCUUCACAGGUUUCAAAACGAACACAACAUAGAAGAGAACAAUAUAGAAGAAGUACAAGCAAUGUAGACAAUUGUAGUGAUUUCACGAAGGCGCGUGAGCCAGUAGAACCCAAAUGUAGUGGUAGUGUACUAGUGUCCGACCAAAGUUGUUUGUAAAAGUGUAUUUAUUGUUUAUAUCUAAGUGCCAUUCUUAUCUUUUAGUUAAUUGUUUGGAGUUUAACCUAUUUCUAUACCACCCAAAGAUUCGAGAAACCUAACUUGUGCUUCCAAAUGCUUAUCUUAAAUCCAAUGCCCGCUUUUAUUUGUUGGGGUUUUAAUUUAUAUUCUAACGUUAAUUUAAUUGUAUUUAUGUUAUGUUGCUCAUUUUAUUGUUACUGUUGCAUUUUUAAUUGUAAGAACAUCUUGGAAGUCCUACGUAGCUAGUGAUUUUUAAAAAUUGUUAGGAUUAAAUUGUUCGUACAUAUCA